AUGGAAAACAUCACUGUUUCCUCUCACUUCAACCUCACCAUGUUUGUGAAUAUUGGACAUUACCGCUAUCUUGCAUUUGUUUUUUGCCUCCUGCUCUACAGCUUUAUUAUCUUUGCUAAUCUCAUCAUAAUUCUAGUGAUAUCUCGUGAAAGAGCACUUCAUGAGCCCAUGUAUAUUUUUAUUGCGCUUUUAUCCAUCAACUCUCUGUACGGUUCGACUGGUUUCUUCCCCAGAUUUCUCAUGGACCUUCUUUCUGAUGUUCAUUUAAUCUCACGUCCUGCUUGUUUCACUCAGAUCUAUAUUAUUUACACAUAUGCUUCCUAUGAGAUGACCAUUCUUGGCAUAAUUGCAUAUGAUAGAUAUGUUGCUGUGUGUCAUGCUUUGCACUAUUACAGAAGGAUGAACUCUAAAAAGGUUAUUAAGUUGGCCACAGCAGCUUGGCUUUUUCCAGCCUUUGGUAUUUUAAUAUUAAUUUCUUUAUCUGCCAGGCUUCCUCUGUGUGGUAACGAGAUACAAAAGAUAUUUUGUGCCAACUGGAAUAUUGUUAAACUGUCAUGUGUUACCACUGAUGUAAACAAUAUUUAUGGUUUGAUUUUGACCAUAGCUACAGUUUUCUUUCCCCUUUUUUAUGUCCUGUACACCUAUCUGCGAAUUUUAAUAAUUUGCUGGAGAAGCUCAGCAGAAUUCAAAGGGAAAGUAUUUCAGAGCUGUCUGCCGCACAUUAUUUCAUUUGUGAUCUAUUCCACCACAGGGUUUUGUGAUAUUGCCUUGAGCCGUUAUGACAUUGAAAAGAUAAAUCCUUUUCUGGCUGUCACCCUGGCACUGGAGUUUGUUGUCAUUCCUCCAGCUCUCAAUCCUCUUGUGUACGGACUGAAGCUACCAGAAAUUAGAAAGCACAUUUCAAGAACAUUAUCAUGGUAUGAAAUAACUAAUCAAAAAUGA